UUCUUCGCGCCUUCCGAUUCGGAGACGUUGUGACAGCACCCGCCAAUCCUUCGUCCGCUUCGACUUCCUCACCCUCACCGAUCCACGGCAAUCUCGACCACGACGCCCGCGGCGACGAAGAGACGAUUCAGCCUUCCUGCCACUGGCGAAGUCAACAUGUCGUUCCACCCUCGAACCCCUCAAAGCCCUUCUCAGUUUUCUCCGGCAACUUCCGAUCUCACAUCAAGCAUGAACAGCUCGGCCCCGUCCACAGCCACAACUCUGCCGACACCCGCCCACAGCGUCAACGGCAGCGCAUCGCAACCCUCCGAUAUGUCGCAGGACAUCGUCAUGGGCGAUGACUCGCCCCAUAAACGCAAGCGCCCACUCGAGGAUUUGGGUGAUCGAGAUCAGAAGAAAGCCCACAUCGAGGAUAGCAAAACUGGUAUCGAGGCACUCCACCUGGAUGUCGGAGAGAAAUACCUACUUUGCCAAACUCCACACCACGAGAGACUGCCGCGUAUCACGGAAGACCUCUUCGAGAUGUUCAACCUUUCGGGUAUCGCUGCAGAAGUCGCUCGCGAAAAGCCCAAUGGUGAGAAGAACGCUCUACGGAAGACGUACAAGGGUCAAAUCAAGAAACUCGGAAUUCUCGGCCGCUUUGACUCCGUCGCCCAGGACUGGGAUGCUCCGAGAGAAAAGGACGGCGAGAGCGGCGACAAGAAGAUGGAGGUGUACCAUGGCUUCCGGGAAUUGCUGGAGAUUCCCGAUGCCGAGUACUGGGGCACGCGGAACGACCCUAUCACCAGUGGUCUGUCUGGUACGGUCAAGUCGAUGCUCAACCGAGCAACAACUAUGGCCAAGGGUCCUCUUCCCGUCAAGGAUUGGGACAGCUCAGUUCUAGGAGACCUUACCCCGGGCAGCAUGGAAGCCUUGAGACAGGGUCUCGGUGGCAAGGUGACAGCCCCAGGUACGCCUUCCGCAACCACACCCAACCCCUUUGCGCGGAAGCAGCAACAGGGGCCUCAGGGGGCUGUCCGUCCUCAAAGGACAACCAAGAAGCGCGGCUACGGCGAUAACAGUUUCGAGGGGUAUGGCGAAGGCUUCCCUGACGACGGCUACUCUACGGGAGAUGGCGACGAUAGGGGAGGCCAGAAGCGUCGUAAGAAGGACAACGGCAACGGCCAGACAUUCCCGAACACGAUGCGUCCGCAAGGCUACGGAUCCAGCGCCGUGGGUGCUUAGAAGCCACCUCCGGCGACCAAGGUCGGCAAACGACGAGUCGCUCGCAAAAAGGGCUAAGCCCAAACAAUCCCUUCAUCUUAUAUCCACGACUGGCCGUCGUGUUGGAUAUCGCGGGUCUGCAAGCACGUUGCUGCCGGCACCGAAGUUUUGGGUUGCGGAUC